AUGAAGCUCUCCGCCUCUCUUGCCCUCCCCCUGUUCGCCCUGCCAACCCUUGGUAAGAAGUGUUUCUCUCCCAAUAAGAUCGAGAGAGACAUCACUACUUCGGCGUUGAAGAAGACGUUAACGGACCUGAACGGAAUCGCCAACCGGAAUGGAGGGAACCGAGCUUUCGGCCUCCCUGGCUUUAAGGCCUCCGUAGAUUACAUCCUGGAACAAGUUCAAGAUAACCUCGGUGAUCAGUUUGAUACCUGGGUCCAGCCAUUCAACCACACUUUUGAGCAGACUAGGAAGAUCUCGGUGACCGGGCCCGACGGAAAGGACGUCUUUGCUAUCACGCUCUUAUACAAUCCUCCGACCCCAAAGGAGGGCUUUACCGCUGCAUUGGUAGACACACCUGUGAAUGACGAAAAUGGUUCGGGGUGCACCGAGGCCGAUUGGGAAGGAAUCGACGCUACUGGCAAGAUCGCCUUGAUCAAGCGAGGAGUCUGCACCCUCGCAGAGAAGCUUAUCCUCGCCCGCGCCCACGGAGCAGUCGCCGCUAUCCUCUAUAACCAGGACCCCGGAACGAACUACUCCAGUGCCACCCUGCAGGCUGAGAACCGAGACAAGGUCAUUCCCACGGCCGUCAUCCCUCUCGAAGUCGGCACCGAUUGGAAAACGCGCUUGGCCGCAGGUGAAGAGCUAACGGUGACCCUGCUCGUCGACUCCAUCUUUGAGGACCGCGAAACCUGGAACGUCAUUGCCGAGACGAAGGAGGGUGACGCAGACAAUGUCAUUUUCCUCGGUGCGCAUCUCGACAGCGUCCAGGCUGGCCCCGGUAUCAACGACGACGGAAGUGGAACGGCUGGUAUUCUUGAAAUUGCCAGGAGUUUCGCGAAGCAGAAGGGCAUCAAGAACAAGGUCAGAUUCGGCUGGUGGGGUGCCGAGGAGUCUGGAUUGGUUGGAUCACUCUACUACACCAGCCAGCUCACUGCUGAGGAAGCGGACAAGAUUCGAUACUACUUCAAUUACGACAUGAUCGGUUCUCCCAACCCGGCCUACAUCGUCUAUGAAGGCGAGGAGAUCGGCUCCAAGAAACUCUUCGACUACCUUGAGAAGGCCGGCAAGCCAGCCGCCUACGGUGCUUUCGGCUCAUCAUCUGACUACGUUGGCUUCCUUCAGCUUGGCAUUCCUUCCUCUGGCCUCUUUACUGGCGCCGGAGAUCCUGAGGACCCAUGCUACCACCAAGCUUGUGACGAUAUCGGAAACAUCCAUUGGGACGCCAUCACUCUCAAUACCAAGGCUGCUGGCCGCAUUGCUGCCGAGUUUGCCCUCUCUCUCGAGGGAAUCCCCCAGAGGAAUACAUCCACCACACCGGCCAAGAACAGGCGAGGAGAGAUUUCUCUUCUCAACUGGGAGACAGCGUUGGCUCAGGUCCAGCCUGUCCUGCCUUGCUCUCAUGAGCAUGAUCAUGAUAACUUGUUUUAG